AUGGAUUCAUCAAAAGAGCUUAUCGCUGUUCAGAGGACCUUCAUGCUUGAUGAGAAUAACUUUGGACAUUGGAAAGUAAGGAUGAAACAGAGGUUGAAAGGAAUCGAAGAAGAUGUGUGGACGGCAGUUGAGACAGGUUGGAGUGAGCCAACUGUUAAGACAGAAGGUGAUGAAUUCAUUCCAAAACCUAAAGAGACUUGGACUGACACGGACAAGCUGCAAUCGAAACACAAUUCUAAAGCUAUCUCUGAGAUCUUUAAUGCGAUCAAUCCAGAACAAUUCAAACUUGUUCAAGGUUGUGUCUCUGCUAAGGAUGCAUGGGAUACUCUAGUUGAUUACUACGAGGGUACCUCUACUGUCAAGAGAACUAGACUGGAUCACUUGGCUGCACAAUUCGAGAAUCUGAGAAUGUCUGAAAAUGAAUCAAUUACUGUUUUCAGUGCCAAGCUAAGUGUGAUUGCUCAUGAAGCUACUGUGCUGGGUAAGGAAUACAAAGACAAGAAGCUGGUGAAAAAGAUGAUUCGUUGUUUGCCAGAAAAAUUUGCUAACUACAAACCUCUACUGAAAGUUGGGAUGAACACUGAUGAUAUGAAAUUCUCACAGCUGGUGGGAAUACUUAAAGCAGAGGAGAUGGAUUCAGGUGGAGAGCCAACUAAGAAAGGUAAAGAUAUUGCCUUUGCUGCUGAAAAAGAGGAGGACAAGAUAAAAGUUCUUCACGAUACCUUGAAUCAGAAACUGGAAGAUAGCAUGGGUUUGUUAGCACGAAAUUUUAAGAAGGCACUGAGGAAAAUUGAAAGGGGACAAGGUAGGAGCCAAGGAUAUCAACGAACAUCAGACUCGAAUGGUGAAUGGAAAAAUGACAAGGAAAGAUCUGGUUUUAGAAACACAAGAGGUGAUGGAAACCAGUCCACAAGGAAACGAGAACUUCAAUGUCAUGAGUGUGAAGGAUAUGGGCACAUCAGAUCAGAAUGUCCACUGGCUAAGCGCAAAGAACUCAAGUGUUCUGAGUGCAAGGGUUUCGGCCAUGUCAGGAGUGAGUGUCCAAGUACUGCAAAGAAAGGUGAAAGAUCAAUGCUGAGUUUCAGUGACACUGAAUCAGAAGGAGAUGAUGAUGAUGACAGGAUGAUGAACUUGGUAGCAUUUAUUGCUGAGGAAAGUGACACCAAAGCUGGUGAGGAAUCAGAAUCGGAUGAUGAGGAAAUCGAUCCUAAGGUUGAGUAUCGGAAGCUGUAUGACAACUGGGUCUCUAUGAGUAAUGACAAUCUCAAGCUACUCAAGGAGAAAGCCAUGCUGGAGGCUCAAGUCAAUAUACUAGAGAUGGAGAGAUCAACCGAAACUUCAAAGUCUGUGUUGCUGAAGGAAAAAGGGCUGGCAUUUCCUGAAACUGUGGAGGAAAUAAAGAUUAAAGAGCUGGAGUCGAAAGUUGCACGAUUGGGAGAACAGUUGAGUCUGGAAGAAGAAAAGAAUAGGAAUCUGGAGUCAAAUCUCAGUGAAAAUCACAAGAGAAUUCGGAUGCUGAACACUGGUACAAAAGAACUGGAUAAGAUUCUUGGUGUAGGACAGUCACCAAGUGUUAGUUGGGGACUUGGUUAUUGUGGAAAAGAGAUGAGGAAGAUUCAGUCACCUGCAACUACAAGUACCAAUUCUACUGUUUUCGUGCGAUCUCAAGAAAUAACAGCAAGAGUACCUGCUAAAGAACAGUCUACUGCUAUCGAGAAGCAAACAGAAAGAUCAGAUCUUGGAAACAACAGGAUUUUCAAGCGCAGUUGCAAUUCGUGUGGGCAACAAGGCCAUAUUGCUAAGUUCUGUUACGAACGGUAUUUUAACAUACGGAAAGCUUGGAAGAGUGGUGUGAGCUAUCCUGAUCCAAGAAGAUAUGGUUGUGUCUGGGUACCUAAAUCGGUGCUGUAUGCUAAAAAAAAUGAAGAGGAUUUCGACGAUGAGUUUGAUGUCAUCUGUGACAUAACCCAAGUAAAAGAUGACAGAAGUGCUGGAUCAAUGAUUAAUGUCAGUAAUGAGGUCAUGAAUGAUACAAAUCUCAAGUGCUUCAUGUCACGAUUUGAACACAAGGAGGAGACAGUUAACUAUCUAACAAGCUUGGUAGCUUACAUGUCUUCUGAACAGUCUGACUUGACACCAUGGUAUUUUGACAGCGGAUGUUCAAGACACAUGACUGGCACACGACAAGUCCUUACCUCUUACACUGAUAUAAGUGGUGGAAAAGUUACUUUUGGUGAUGGUGCUAAAGGAAGUGUUCGUGGAGUAGGAGAUGUCAAAGAUCCAGAUCAACCAGACCUUGUGAAUGUUUUCUAUGUUGAAGGGCUGAAAGCUAAUCUAAUAAGCAUCAGCCAGCUAUGUGAUGAGGGCUUGAAAGUCUGGUUUUCAAAGACAGAGUGCCAGGCAAUAGAUGACACUGGGAAGGUGAUUCUUGAAGGGAUCAGGUCUGGUAAUAAUUGUUACAUGUGGAGACCGUCUAACACCUGCUUAUCAGCUACAGACUCUCAACUUGACUUAUGGCACAAACGAAUGGGGCAUAUGAAUGUUAACGGAAUGCAGAGAAUUGUCAAAGCUAAUGUUGUAAGAGGAGUGCCGAAGCUGGAAGAAGCAUCAGGGUCAGUGUGCAAGGCUUGCUGUCAGGGAAAACAGAUAAAGGUACAACACAAGCAAGUGAAAGAGAUCACCUCCAAACGAGUCUUGGAAUUGGUUCACAUGGACUUGAUGGGACCCAUACAGACAGAGAGCAUUGGUGGACGCAGAUACAUAUUUGUAUUGGUAGAUGAUUUCUCUCGAUUUACUUGGGUGAGAUUUUUGAGAGAAAAAUCUGAGACAUUACAAAGCUUCAAGAUGCUGGCUCUACAACUAUCCAACGAGAAAGGCAACAUUGCUCAAGUCAGAAGCGAUCAUGGAGGAGAAUUUGAAAAUCGUGCGUUUGAACAGUUCUGUUUGGAACAAGGCAUUAGACGUCAGUUUUCAGCCCCCAGAACUCCUCAGUAA